UGUCAAUGUCUUUGCUGUUUCAGUGAGCGACUGUACCAAUGCCCAGACUGCAAGAGAGGGUUUGCCCACAGCGGCACGCUGAGAACGCACAUUCGCACACACACGGGGGAGCGACCGUACAACUGCCAGCAUCCGGACUGUGACCGAUCCUUUUCAACAGUGUCGUCCCUGGCUGCCCACAAUAGAUGGCACACCGGAGAAAAGCCACACCAGUGCACGGAGUGUGCAGGACGUUUCGGAACACGCGGGGAACUUGCCAUCCACACGCGGACUCACACGGGAGAGAAGCCCUACCGAUGUGAGUACUGCAAGAAACAAUUUGCCAGGCUUUGGACCCUGAAGACGCACAUCAGGUCUCACACUGGGGAGAAGCCUUACCGAUGUGAGGAAUGCAACAUGCGAUUCUCCCGAAGGGACAGCUUGAAUGUACACACGAGGACUCACACAAGGGAGAAGCCGUACACUUGUGAAGAGUGCAGAAAAGCGUUUGCACAACUAGCUGUAUUGAAAGAUCACAUCAGGACUCAUACAGGGGAGAAGCCUUACAUGUGUGAAGAGUGCUCGACAGCUUUCAAGACACGCGCAUCUCUGUUUAUACAUAGGAGAGUACACACGGGAGAGAAGCCAUAUAUGUGUGGGGAGUGCGGGAUGCGCUACAGUACCAAACGAGCACUUCUGAAACACCUAGAGUCACACACCUAGGGUUUUAAAUGGUUUUGAAGCUUUUAGUUAUAUUUUAGUUUAGUUUAGUUCAGCUCAGUUCAGUUCUUGUUCAGUUGUACAGGUUCCAUUGUACAUCGCUGUCGUUGAAGUUUAAGGACCGUUGUAUUGUCGCUCAAGUUCCAUUGUACACCAUCUGAAACUGAAAGACGAGAGAUGAACUGUAUAGUUUUGUAAGUAAGAAUGUUUAGUUGUAUAGAAGAGAAAUAUCGAGGAGAUAUGUAAAAUAAAGUGCAUUCUCUUACAUAAAAACUUCCAUUUGUCAUCGUAUUCUUGGGCCUAUCAUUAUCAUAUCAUUUAGUCUAGGCAAGAUCAAGUCAGAGUUAGAAAGAAACAGUUUCACAAAGAAAGCGUUCUUAAAAUAACAUACACAGCUCAUGCAACCGCAGGGUCCCUAAGUAACCCUAUCUCUAUCCCCCUCAAGGACUACCGCUAAUGAUUGAGCCACGCCCAAUAAGGAAGCUACCAUCAUAUACACAAGACUGAGUAACAGUAAAGAUAGGCGGACGUACACCGUACAAACAUACAAAGAUAAAAGUAAACAACACACAAGCUAAGUAACUCUGCACACACACACACCCCUUUGACCCUAACCCUAACUUUCUGAUGGAGAACAUUAACCCUAACCCUAGCCGCCCCCCUCCCACAUACCAAAGGACUGCCCCAAACAGCCAUCUUAAGAGGGUAGCUUACUGUGUUGUCGUCGUCAUCUCGCCCCGAAAACUUCAAAGUGACCCUCCCACACACACGCGGCCCGCGCGACCCCUCCUUACCCCCCCCUGAUAGGAAGGUAGCGUCAAGCCCCCUCGAUAGCUUCAGGCGUCUACACAUCCUCCUCACAUCUGCUUGAAGAAAUCUGAACUCACUCAGAAGCUGAACUACACUAACCCUAGCCGCCCCCCUCCCACAUGCCAAAGGACUGCCCCAAACAGCCAUCUUAAGAGGGUAGCUUACUGGGUUGUCGUCGUCA